GAGUCGGGAAUGUACUCUAAGACCAAUCAAUGGCUUACCAAAAGAUUUGGAUUGUCAUCUCCCUCUACCUCUCAGCCAUAUCAACCAUUUUUCACCACCUCAAAUCCUUUUUCUUCAAAACAAACUGGGAUUCCAUCUUUUUCAGAAUCCCAGAUACCCUCGUAUCCCUAUACUUCAGACUAUGCGGUCUAUCUCCUUGCACCGUUGACAUUGACGACCAAACCACAGUCCACUUCUGGACCGCCAACCACCGCCGGUUCGAUAAACCAAGCCUGGUUCUGGUUCACGGCUACGGCGGCAACUCCCUGUGGCAGUUCGUCUGUCAAGUGGGUCCCUUGUCCAAGAAGUUCAACGUGUACGUGCCGGAUUUGCUGUUCUUCGGGAAGUCUUACACGAACCGGUCAGACCGGAGCGAGUCUUUUCAAGCCAAGUGCGUUAUGGAGGGGCUGAAGAGGCUGGGCGUGGACCGGUACUCGGUGUACGGUAUUAGCUACGGCGGCUUCGUGGCGUACCGCAUGGCAGAGAUGUGUCCAGAGACGGUAGAGAAGGUUGUGAUCGUGAGUAGUGGGGUGGUGUGGAAUGAUCAGCAGAAGGAGGAGUUGUUGAGGAAGAAUUCAAACGCUUUGGAGAUUCUUGUAGCGAAUAAUCCACAUGAUCUACGGUUGUUAGUGAGUCGAUCGAUUUACAAGUAUGAUGUUUUCAAGUGGGUUCCUGAUUAUGUCCUUCAAAAGCUCAUUGAGGCGAACAAGGAAAAUAGAAAGGAAAAAUUAGAGCUAUUGGAACACUUGGUGGCAAAGAAAGCAGAUCCAAGCCUUGCUAUCCUAAGUCAGGAAACGCUAAUAAUUUGGGGUGAUCAAGAUAAUGUCUUCCCACUUUACAUGGCCUACCAGUUGCAAAGGCACUUGGGCCCCAAAUCAAAACUAGAGAUUAUCAAGGACACAGGGCAUGCAGCAAAUUUUGAUUCACCGGACACAAUCAAUGGAUUGAUAAAGUCAUUUGUUUUGGGUGUUUAACCCUUCAUUGUUGAAAGUCAAAUGAUCAAAAACACAUAUAUUAGAGGUAUUCUGGAAUAAUUUUUGGUUCUAGGUUUUUUUUUUUUUUUUUUUGGCCAAUGUUCUAGUUCUGUUAAAAGUUAAAACAUGGUCUUUAUAGCUAAACCAAACAUUGUUUGGAGUACAUAUGAUGAAUAAUAUAGCCUGUGGCUUGGCUUGGAAGUUGGAACGAUACAUAUGGCUAGCUUUAGCUAAUGUUUCAUUUUUCUCUUUCGUUGAAAUGAAAAUGGAAUCACAA